AUGCAUUUUGAAUACCGUACCGAAGGGGAGCAGUACCUCUCCCCUUUAGUCCCUGGGACUCCUUCUUCGAACUACUGGUAUGGACGAAUCCUGGGCACCGCAUCCGAAGACACGCCUAAAGAUGUCCAGCUCUAUGCUGAAUUCAUGCGCAUUACUCCUGGCGUCUUCGGAGCUGGUCCCCCGAACGACCACGAAGAGACUGGCAUCGUCGUCAAGGGUGAGCUAGAUCUAGAAGACGAGACGGGCCAAAGGGCAACGUUGCACGAAGGAGAGACGUUCUUCAUCAAAAAAGGGGCUAUCAUCAAGUACUCUGUCAAGCGAUUUGCGUUAGUGUUCAAGGCCAGCGCGUAUCCUGCGGACCCUCCCAAGCCAACUACUCAGGAGGGUGAUAAGUUUAGACGAUUUUAA